UAACGCGGUUAUCUUUAACACGGUUCAAUUCCUCAGAGCCUUCUCUUUCGUUCCCGCUUCGUAUUUAUUUUCCUGGAAAAAUAUAAUUCUGCAUCGCUUAGGAGGUUGUACAUCAAGAAAUGGGUAUACGCGAAAGCACAAAAGAUCGGUUUAAGAUGCAGAGGGAGCUAGUGGUUGACCUGAAGUCAACUCCUGGGUCUUCCCAAACUCCAGAUGUUCACUCACUUGCACUUCAGUUACCACAAGGUGCGAGUCUUCCGGUCCAUAAUCUUAACCAUCGUCAUAUCCAACAAAUCAGUGAAAUCACGACCAUGAAGGUGGUGCUCAGGGUGUCCAAUAUUGAUGGGCUGAAGUCUUUUUUCUGUAUUAUGGCUGGACGGGAGACCCGCACCAAAGCCAUGAAGAUUGCAGUUAGAAUUCCAGGGGUGAUGGCAGCAUCUUUGAAAGGGAACAACCCUGACCAAAUCGAGGUCGACGGAGUGGAGAUUGAUACCGUCAAACUUACAGCGCUGAUCCGGAAGAAAGUGGGGCAUGCAGAUAUAAUAAGCGUGGCGAAAGCAAAGAUUAGAAAAGAUCCUUCCCCAGACACAUCUUCUACCUUGCCAAAGUCUGAUACAUUGCCCUUAGAUGGAUAUGGAUCCCAGAAUUUUUGUACCCAACAAGAGGAACGAUUACCUGGAAUUACAUUGCACGACUCCCGUGCAGUUGAAGAUCAUAAUGAGGAGAGGUCAGAAGCCAGCAGGUUCAGCAAUCCAUUUGUGGCUGGUCCCUCAAUACAUAUUACUGAAGAGCCUUCCUCGUACCCAUCUCUUGUCUUGCAAAGUUCUCAGUCAUUUGAGAACCCCUUGGAUGGGUGUGGAUCCCAGAAUUUUAAUGCCCAAUCUGAGGAACAGUUUUCAACUGAAGAUCCAGUAUUUGAAAUUUCACUGGAUGACUUCUUUGCAGGUGCUGAUCAAAACGAGGACAGGUCAGAAGCUAGCAGGUUCAGCAAUCCAUCCAUGGCUGGUCCCUCAACACAUGUGGGUCUAGGUUCUCCAAUUAGUGAAGAGCCUUCUUCAUACCCAUCUCUUGUCUUGCAAAGUUCUCAGUCAUUUGAGAACCCCUUGGAUGGGUGUGGAUCCCAGAAUUUUAAUGCCCAAUCUGAGGAACAAUUUUCAUCUGAAGAUCCAGUAUAUGAAAUUGCACUGGAUGACUUCUUUGCAGGUGAAGAUCAUAACGAGGGUAAAAGAGUGCUGAAGCGGCCGCAGGAGAGGCACGAGUGGAUAAAAGCUGAAAGUGCAAGGUUAAAGCUUGAAACUGCGAAAAGUGAAAUGGCGAUGGAAACAAAUAAUAGCAAAUACAAGGCAAAAAUGGGUAUCAAAGUUGCUCUAGCUCAGAUGCAAUUAGAGUUUGAGAAGGAAAAAUAUCAGUUGAUGGAGAAACACUACCAGAUUGCAUUAGCCUUUUCAUUGGGUCUUUUUAUUUUGUUUCUGGCAUUAUAUGUUACUAGGAUAUAGAGUUUCUGAUAUCUUGAUGUUGUAAUGUUGGAUUUUGUAUGGCUACUGUUAGAUUUUGUAUGCCUAUUGCUAGAUUUUAUAAGGCUACUACUGUUAUCGCAGUUGGAUUUUGUAAUGCUACUGUUGCAAUGGUGCUAUUAUAAUAGCAGUCUUUGGCAGAUUA